AUGGGGGACCCCCGGCAGCCCCCCGGCUCCUGCGUGCUGCUGGUCCUGGUGGUCCUGCUGCUGGUGUCCCCAGUGCUGCGGGUUCCAGCCACACAUCCUGACUGCUCCCUCAUCCUCUACUUCCAAGAGCAAGAAGCUGAGUGUCUGGAGAUCAUCAGGAGGGAAAACCAAAGCCCCGGGCUGCAGGGCUGCCCAACCCAGUGGGAUGGAGUCAGCUGCUGGUUGGCACUGCCCCUCGGCCAGUCCCGAGCCCUCACCUGCCCUGAUGUCCCCGACAUCUUCAAGAAGUCUGAAGUGCUGAUCCAGAGGAACUGUUCAGAGCAGGGCUGGAGUGUCCCCAGCCCUCCUUACCCCCGUGCCUGCCAGCUGGAGGCCACCACCAGCACCAAUGACACUGAGGCCAAGAAAAGCUAUUUUGUCACCAUGAGGGUACUUUACACCUGUGGCUACUCCUUGUCCCUGGCAGCCCUGGUCUUGGCCAUCAGCAUCUUCUGCUGCUUCAGGAAGCUGCACUGCACCAGGAAUUCCAUCCACAUCCACUUCUUCACCUCCUUCAUCCUGCGUGGGGCUGCUGUCCUCAGCAAGGACUUGGUCCUCUUCUGGGAUGAGUCCCUUGACCACUGCUCCAUGGCCACGGUGAGCUGCAAAGCAGCCAUUGCCUUCUUCCAGUUCUCAGUCCUGGCCAACUUCUUCUGGCUGCUGGUGGAGGGGCUGUACCUGCAGACCCUGCUGCUCCUCACCUUCACCUCUGAGCAGAGCUACACCUGGUGGUUCAUCUUCCUGGGAUGGGGUGUCCCCAUGGUGACAGUCUGCAUCUGGGUGCUCACCAGGCUGUGGUAUGACAACCAUGGGUGCUGGGAUGACUACACCAGUCCCUACUGGUGGGUGAUCAAAGCUCCCAUCCUCCUGGCCAUAUUUGUGAACUUCCUCAUCUUCCUCAAUGUCACCAGGGUGCUGGCCCAGAAGAUCCAAUGCCCAGGGAUCAGCAAGAGCUGCAGGGAGCAGUGCAGGAGGAUGACCAAGUCCACCCUGCUCCUCAUCCCUCUCUUUGGGGUUCACUACGUGGUCUUUGCCCUCUGCCCCGAGGACAUCGCUGUGGCCCCACGGCUCUGCUUCGAGUUGGUCCUGGGCUCCUACCAGGGGUUCCUGGUGGCUCUGCUCUAUUGCUUCCUGAAUGGAGAGGUCCAGGCUGAGCUGAAGAGGAAUUGGGGCAAAUGGAAAUCAUCCAGGGAGAGCAACGGCUUCAACCUGGCCACCCAGGACUUCACAGCCUGA